UUCAACUCACUACUACUAGUACUAGGCACUUGUACUUGGCAACACAAGCACUUUGACUUUGUUUACCAUAUUCUUCUCGUUUGGAUCAAGUGGAGCAAAACAAUGAGUGAUUCCGAGCCUGAUACGGACGAAUAUGCCAGCGCUGAAGAGAUGGACUCGCUGGAUAUUUCAGCUCCUUCCAGUGAGGCGAACGUGAGCCCAUCUCCAGGUGGAGCCAAGGCAGGUGAUGGUGAUAAUUCACCACAGAACCCUACAGCUAGCGAGAGUUCUGGUUCAGUGGGAACUGCCGAGAAUACUGCUUGUGCAGAUGGAGCCACUGCUGAUAGCCCUGAAGUCUGUGUUGAAGACGUAGGCGAAACCAUUGAAAGUGAAUGUGUGCAAUCUGGUAAAGAGGAGAUCGCUGAGAUUGUCACUGGUGAGAAAGACGAUGCUCCAGAUAGCGUUGCCAUCGAUUCUAGUACAAACCAACCUGACUUGGCUGCUGGCGGUGAUGAGCCGGAGGUCGAUUCGGCAACGCCUGCCACCGACACCCAGGAUGAGCCCGUCAAAGAUGAACCCAAGACGGACACAGCAGCGCAAGCCCCUGCUGAGCCAGCUAAGCCUGAGCCAACUGUCCAGACUCAACCUGCGGCACCAGCAGCAGCUAGUGGUGGCGGUGGCUGGGGCUCAUGGUCUUCUUGGGGAAUGAGUCUGGCUGCAUCAGUUAUUCCUCAAGUACCUGAUGCCACAGAGACUACCAAAGAGGAAGUGCAGGCUAAAGGCGACGAAGAGGCGGCAUCUGUAACAGCAAGCGCUGCUUCCGCCGCGGCUGGCUUCUUCGGCAUGCUCGGUGGCGUGGCACCAGGUCCUGCAGGUGAAGCCACUGAAACCAAGCAAGGAAAGUCUGGUUCGACUCCCGAAGUUCAACAAGAGGGUGCCCCAUCAGCUCCGACGGGUGCAGCUGCUGGAGAUUCUGUUGCUGCUGGUGCUGGUCCUGGCUUGUUUGACAUGUUCGGUGGAAUCUCGGGAAUCAGUGCUGUUAUUCAAGAACGGGGUGAAGCGCUUGUUGCCGGAAGUCUGGAUACACUGGAACUGAUUGGGAAGAAGACUGUUCAAGUCCUCACUGAGGAUGAUCCUGGAUUCCGGAGCAGCCGUGAGCGUAUUCGUUCUGGCCGUGCCAAGAACCCCAACCUUUCACAGAUGUUGCGUGAGGCGCAAGAGCAGACUGAAGUGAUCAAGACGCAAGCCGAAGGAUCAGCGACCACCGGGGCACCGGCUGCACUGACACCGCGUGAGAAAGGCUACAAUGAUUUCUUUGAAGAAUACCACGGAAUGAUCCACCUGGAAGCCUUGGAGCUGCUGUCUCGGCAAAGCACCUCCAUGGCGAGUGGUAUGACCGCCGGUGCUGAACCGGCAGUGUCUCGCACGGCCCGUCGCUAUGGCGAUCUAUUCGAAACGACACGAAAAGACGCCGACAGCCUGGACGACUGCGAUGAGACUACCCUGUUCGACAAGGAUCAAUUCAUGGACGCUGUACAGAAGUCGAUCGAUACGUUCGGUGUCGGCUUGUCCCUGGCCAGUGUGUCAAAGGCGGCGCAAGAGUGUGAGCGACGAUGCCAGGAGCUGGAAGAAGGGAAGAUGGAGCUGGCGAAAAUCCAGGAAAGUGCGAUUCGAGCUCUUGCCCAAGUGACGGCACUCAGUAUAGAGGUAUUCCACAAGGUUGCUGAAUUAUCCCUGCUUCCCGACGCAGAGAGUGGUGGCCAAGAUGCUGAAGCUUUCACGAACUCAAAGUGCGAAGCCUGUUUUGCGUUCUCCCAAGAGAUUUGCCGGCAAGGGGAAUACUUGGUCAACUCGUUUGUCAAAGCAUUGAACGCAUUGGAACUUGAAGACAAGGACAAGAUUUCUGCGACAGUAACAGCUUUAUUCAUUGAGGCAUCAAACAGUGUGGGAUAUACACGGGACGGAUGUGACUUCAUGCUCUCCACUGUGCAAGUCGUGUACCUCACGCGGGCACUCGCAUAGUGUAGCCACUACCCAUGGUAUACUCCUACUCGUCACAUACAGUAUACGAUCAUGCUGUUGCAGAAUGCUAGCUUAGCCUAGUCUGAUUAUUGAAUGCUGCUGCUGUUCUGCUUGUCAUCCACGUCUUUGCUAUUCACCCCCUGGACAGAGGCUUUAUGUUCAGUUCCUCCUCCCCCUCCACGCUGUGUCUUUCACUGCUGCCACUUUGAAUCUAUUAUUUCUCUGCUACUCGACGCACACUGCUCACCUGAUUUCCGCCAAUGUGCUCCAGCUGAACCAUGUAAGCCAGGGAGUACUAGUCCCUGGUGUAAACCAGUGCACCCACACUUACACCUACCUACCCAGCUACCCAAUUGGGUUUAGAGGAUUUGCUUUUCAAGUGCUUCCAGAUCUAUACCUUCUGCUCAUUAUUUUAAAACUACAUAAGACAGGUCUUAUUUCUGUUUGCUUUUUCUGGUUGCUCAAUUAUCAUGUGUGCAUACAUUUUUAUAAGUGCCAGUACUGAGCCUACACUCACCAUUGUUGAGUCAUCUGUGCAGGAAGAUCUCAGACAGAUGAACUAUUCUGGUGCGGUGUCUGCCGCACUGCCGCUCG